UACAAAUUGCACGCCACCGGCAGCGGAACCUCGGACCUAAGAUGCUAACGCCGCAGCUUCCGCACAUGCGUCACUUUGAGGAGCGUCUCCGUUGCCCGACAUUCGUCGGCGACAGCAACUUCGAGAAGUGCCCAACGGACGAAGAAUGGACCCCGAUGGCCCGCUAGACGUCAUGAGCACGCCAGAUCGCUGGAAAGAGCUGGGAGCGUAUAAGAGGAAGCGGCACCCGCCUUAACGUUGCCGUCAACUGCAAGCUUCUCGAGCUUAAGAAAAACACUUCACCAAACAUCCCCAAAAACCAAUUGAGCAACCAAAAUGCCUUCUCCUUUCGGCGAUGUUCCGGUAGCGAAGUCGCUGCUCGACUUCCAGCGCGUCCUCUCCCCAACCGCCGGUGUCCGCGUCUCACCGCUUUGUCUCGGAGCGAUGAACUUCGGUGAUGCAUGGAGUGACGCGAUGGGCAAGUGCGAUAAGAAGACUGUCUUUGAGAUCUUGGACUUCUUCUACGACCAGGGCGGCAACUUCAUCGACACUGCCAACAACUACCAGAACGAGGAGUCCGAGACCUGGAUCGGCGAGUGGAUGCAAGAGCGCGGUCGCCGUGCUGAGAUUGUUCUGGCUACAAAGUUCACAACUCUUUACCCAGACCCGAAAACUAGGCCCCGUCAAGCUGCCAACUUCUCCGGUAAUUCGACAAAGUCGCUCCACCUCUCGCUUGAGGCGUCCCUCAAGAAGCUCCAGACCGACUACAUCGACUUGCUCUACGUCCACUGGUGGGACUUCACCACAAGCAUUCCUGAGCUGAUGCAAUCGCUUAACCACAUGGUGCAGAGAGGCAAGGUACUAUACCUUGGUGUGAGUGACACACCCGCGUGGGUUGUCAGCAAAGCCAACCAAUACGCCCGCGACCACGGCCUCCGCCCCUUCUCCGUGUACCAAGGUCGCUGGUCGGCCGCGGAACGCGACUUCGAGCGCGAAAUCAUCCCCAUGGCGCGCGACGAGGGCAUGGCACUGUGUCCCUGGGGCGCUCUGGGCGGUGGAAACUUUACCACUAAGGAGAAGCGCGAGAACAAUGAGCAAGGCCGCAAUUUUGGCCCUGCGUCCGACAAGCACAUCAAGGUGUCCGAGAAGCUUGAGGCUGUUGCGAAGAGCAAGAACACGGCUAUCACAUCGAUUGCGCUUGCUUACGUACGAAGUAAAUAUCCGUACGUUUAUCCCAUCGUCGGCGGUCGUAAGAUUGAGCACUUGAAGGGCAAUAUCGAGGCGCUUGGUAUUGAGUUGGGUGCGCAGGAGAUCGAGGAGAUCGACUCGGCGGUCGAUUUCGAGGUCGGCUUCCCGAUGAACUUCCUCUUCGAGUUCGGUGGAAGCAAGUACAACACCAACAAGACCAGCGCAGAUGUUGGACUGCUGGCGUAUGCUGGCAACCUGGAGGUGCCGCCGCAUCAGCAGCCGGUUAAGCCGCAUGGACUGCAGGGGUAUGGGAGGAACCAGUAGGGGAAGCGUGGACGAGCAUAGAUAGAAGUUCAAGAUGGUGUUAUUAUGAAGAAUGAUAGCAAUCCUUCUACACUCGCUGUCCU